GUACAAGAAUUAACGGGUACAAGCUUGAAAAAUUUAGGUUUAGGAAGGAGAUAGCAAAAAAUUAGUUCUCAAAUCGAUUGGUAGAUGAGUUAACGGACUCAGUAAUCAUGUAGUUAGUGGUAGGACACUAGACAGCCUUAAGAGAAGAUUAGAUAUUAGAUAUUAGAUAGAUCCAUGGGGAUAGCAGAUGGAAAUAGGUAGGUGUGUUUCAUAGAGGGACUGCCACGUGUAAGCCUGCUCCCUUCUUGCACCUUCCAUUAUUUACUAUGUUCUUAUGUAUGUUCACCUGAGACUGAUUGUAACACCUGCAAAUGUUAAUUGAGCCACAGAACACCUGAGAACAUUGAUAUUUGCACCUGGAAUAGUUACAUAGCGCUUAAGAUCAAUAUUGCACUGGAAAAUCACCUUGAAAUCAAUUGAAAAACAGAAUUACCACUUGAAAACACAUGACAAACUUAAUUAAGUGACCGAAAACACUUGAGGAAAAUUAAUAAACACCUUAAGACAUUUAAUUAACACUUGAAAACUAGAAUACCACUUGAAAACACUAACCUAACCUAACCUAACCUAACCUAACCUAACCUAACCACUUGAAAACACUAACCUAACCUAACCUAACCUAACCUAACCUAACCUAACCUAACCAAACUAACCUAACCUAACCUAACCUAACCAAACUAACCUAACCUAACCUAACCUAACCAAACUAACCUAACCUAACCAAACUAACCUAACCUAACCUAACCUAACCUAACCUAACCUAACCUAACCUAACCAAACUAACCUAACCUAACCUAACCUAACCUAACCUAACCUAACCAAACUAACCUAACCUAACCUAACCUAACCUAACCUAACCUAACCUAACCUAACCUAAACUAACCUAACCUAACCUAACCUAACCUAACCUAACCUAACCAAACUAACCUAACCUAACCUAACCUAACUAACCUAACCUAACCUAACCUAACCUAACCUUUGUGACUUAAUUAACACUUGAAAAAUUACCUUCAAAACUGAAAUACUACUUGAAAAACACUUGAAAACACCUUUGUGACUUAAUUAACCUUUGAAAAACACCUUGAAAACUGGAAUACCUUUUCAAAACAGCUGAAAACAUCUUUGAGACUUAAUUAACACUUGAAAAACACUUCAAAACACCUUUGUGACUUAAUUAACACUUGAAAAAUUACCUUCAAAACUGAAAUACUACUUGAAAAACACUUGAAAACACCUUUGUGACUUAAUUAACAUUUGAAAGUUUAACUAUCACUUGAAAAAAACACUUGAAAUUUUUUAAUCAUUACCUGGAAAACCUUUGAAACUUAAUUAUCACUUAGAAAGGAAAAAAGAAACUUGGAAAAUUAAAUAAAACCACUUGAAAACACUAACAAUUAUAAAAAAAAGACCCAGAACUAAAAACAAAUAAAUAACUACCUGGAAUUUAUCAGAAAAAAACUCAUUAUUUCACCUGGAACGACUUUUGCAACCACUUGAGCGCACCUGUCACCCACUUAGCACCACCACCACCACCACCACAAGCCACUGGAACCACCUAGUACCACCUGAAAUCCUGGAAUCUACACUUUCACCCUUUACUGAAAUCUGGAAUAACCUGGAAUUGUGUGGCAGCAUUUAGAAGUGUCUGAGUUGAAACAUUUCUUCCAUACUCCAACUGUCACUAUCAAAAUACACUUAUAAACAUUUAGAACACAUCAAAACACUCUCAAAACACACAAAACACCCCAAAACACACUCAAAUACACUUAUAAACACUUAGAACACAUCAAAACAUACUCAAAACACACAAAACACCCCAAAACACACUCAAAACCACUCUAAACAUCCCAAAACACACUUAAACACAUAAAAAACAUACCAAAACACUUAAAUACACCAAAACACACUUAAAGCACACUUAAACACACCAAAACACACUCAAAACACACUUAAACACACUCAAAAUACUCCCAAACACACCAAAACACAUUCAAAACACACCAAAACAACUCAAAAUACUCCCAAACACACUUAAAACACCUUCAAACACACCCAAACACACUCAAAACAUUCCCAAACACACUCAAACAUACCUAAACACACCCCAAAAUACCUCAAAAUACCUCAAAAAACAUCUCAAAUAUAUUUUCAUAAAACACUUGAACACACACAUGGCUACCCAUCACUGAAACUCAAGCACCCAUCUCUUAAACACAAGGAUAUCCCAUUUAAAACACCCAUUCCUACACCUCCAUUCCUGCCCAUUCCAGCUCCAGUCAGCUUUUCCCCCAAUCCUGUGCCUUCCAGUCAAUUCUGCCUUAUUCCAGCACAAUUCCAGUCUCUGCUGUAUUCCUGUUAAAUUCCAGUCAGUUUUGGCCCAUUUCCACCCAUUCCUGUUAGUUUUUCAUGUAUUCCCAAUCCAUUCCAGUCUUGCUUCCCUUUAUUUCCAGUCUGCUUAUCCCCAUUCCAGCGCCAUCUACCCCAAUUCCAGUACCCCCCAAUUUCUCCCCAUCUCAGCCCAUCACUGCUACACCCAACUUUAAAACACUGAUCCAAACACCCGUUUAACUGCCCUCCCCAACCCUCACACACCCCUCAACACACACACACACACACACACACACACAAAGAUACCAAUAAACACACCUAAAAUAUUUUAAAACACACAAAAAACACUAGAUACACAUCUAAACACACCCAAGACAGCUUCAGGCACACUCAAAACACCCCAAAAUUUAUCCAAAACACCACAUAACUUACCCAGACACCCCCAGGACCCCCAAACACCCCACCAUGCCUCUCUCAAUCACCAGUCACCACCACCUCAGCCUCACCAUCAACAUGUACAGCAAGGAAGGCGCAGGGGACUCGGGCCCUGACAGACACCACACUGGGGACUACCUGGCACCCUUAGCUUCUGUAGAUCUGUCCCGUGUCAACACCCCUGGCGGAUCACCCUCCCAUGACCUGGCCAUCACCCCGCCCUUGAGGACCCCAAUUGGGAGCCCCCGGAGGACCAAGGGAUGUUGCUGAGGUCACACCUGAUUCCGGAAUCUUGACACCCCUUCAAGAUUCCGAGCCGUUUAACGAAGGGCCGCCUGACAGGUACUGCCUUGUGUUCCUGACCUUAGUUGUGCACGGAGUCUGAACACUGAUGCCUUGGAAUAUGUUCAUCACUGCCAAGAACUUGCCAUUGGGAUCUUCCAGAACACAGUGUAUGGGACAGCUGCCCAUCUCCCAUUCAACUACACGGUGGCGGUGGUGCUGGACUCGACACACUUCAGUCACAAGAUGAAUGCAGUCAGCUACAGCAUGACAUAGACAAGCUAUAGACAGUUGAGAGAGGAAGAAGUCAGUGGCACCCUCACCUCAGACAAGACAAAGCUAACAAUUGAUAAUGAAAGCGGUGCCUGAGAAGCGAUGCCUUCACCCACGCUGUGUUCACCACGAUGGAGGAGUGCCCACACUUCCAGGACCUUACUGUUAAGAGGUUCCCUGAAGACCCUACUUGAGCACAACCGCCGAGACAUUCUCUCCAAGCCGGAGAAGUUUGUGCGCCUGAAGCCAGGGAGUGAUGCUGCUAAGACCUUCACUGUCUAUCCAGAGGGAUCCGCAGGUGCUGGUGGUGGAAUCUUGCUUGGACAGUGUGCCUGUAACACACAGGCAUAUUUCUCCAAAAGGUUGACGCUGUGCUGCCGGUACUGUCGCCUCAGCUUCUGCGUCAGAUUCAGAACAGAGACUUCAGCAGAGAGAGUGAGUGGGAGAAACGCUACAACUGCUUUGCCCACUCGAUGAUGCUAGACCAGCAUGUGGAGUACGGGAGCAAGAAUGGGUUCUGCCGUGCCGUUUGUCCUGCCAGAUUCCCGGAGGAGACCAGCAGCAGCAGCAGCAGCAGCAGCAGCAGCAGCAGCAGCAGCACACACAAGAGGUGUUUUCUGUAUGAUGAUGAUGAUGGAAAAAGCACAUCUCGAAAGGAUGUUAUAAGCAGGGCAACGUAAUGAACUUCAGUGAAUGGACGUGUGUGCGUGGCUGCAAUCACUAUGAAAUUAAGUUGAAAAUAAGAAAUAUAUUACUUUACAGAAAGGAAUGCUUAGAGUGAAUGAAAUUACUGUAAUGAAUGAAUGGAAAUAAAGUUGUGAGUCAUUAAAUGAUUAGGAAAAGAAGCUGUGAAUAGGUGCAUUAUUGUUAUUACUGAAAGGAAGAAUAUUUGUAGGAUAUGUCAUGUAUAUUAUCAAAGUGUUUUCAUUCUUACUUUCUUCUUUCUCUUUUCAUCUUUUCUUAGUAUAUUUAA